CCACCUCCCGUCAUACAUUAUAUGCGGAUUCUAUUGUACAAUCUAUUAUACAGAUCUCCACCCGGACGUCGUUUGUGGAAUUAUGAGUGAGAUUCGUAGACCUAGUAUAAUGGCAGAGGCUGUGGCCAAUGUUGCCCGGAGGGUCAAUGCAACAGUGGAGGAAGAGAAAGAUACUCUGGAUCUGUCAAACUGCAAACUGAUCAGUUUCCCAGAUGGCGUAUUCAGGGUCCUCAACAGCGUUGCAGAGAAGAUACACAUCGUCACGUUGGCUGACAAUGAGAUGAAGGGAGUUACUAGCAAAUUCUUCAAAACCUUCACUCAAUUGAGAGAACUGGACUUGCACGGCAAUGUAAUCACUAAACUGCCAGAUGUAGUUGGGGAGCUGGAACAUCUGACCAGCAUCAACUUGGCCAACAACAAGUUGUCUGUCUUCCCUGAGAGACUGACGGAGAUCCAGUCACUGGAAAGAAUCAACCUGGAAGGGAAUGACAUCACUGAAGUCCCCAUGGACAAGUUGCGCAUGCCAGCUCUGAAGUGUAUCAACUUGAAGUCAAAUCCUUUGGACAACAACUUGUUAACUGCCAUUCAACAAUUUCCUCAAACAUUUGAAAUUCAAAGUACAACAGACAACUAAGACCUCGUCUUCUUCUAAGAUGGACAUGUUAUCCACACCCAGAGACAAUACGAUUGCAUGCUGUGCCUUCAGACUUUUUCAAUAGUACAAAUUAGUUGCUUUUGAUUUCUUCAGAGAUUCAAUUGUUUGGCCUCUAUUUCAUUACAUUUUUCCCCCCCAUCAUGUUUGCUGUAUGGGAACUAUCAAACUUGAUGCCUCUCCAGACCAGAAACACGUGAGCCUACUGUAGUUGCUGCCAUUACUGAAAGUCCAUUUGAGUUGGGCUCAGUUCAGAGAUGACUAGAUGUUGCUGUUUACACUUUGCAGUAGCCUUUCCAGAGUGCACCAAGAGCUACACCUAGUACAUAGUCUUAUUAGCAAUGGCCUCAGUGUUUUCAUCAUCAAAGGAAUAGCAAUCAGGUGCUACGUCUUUUAUUUAAUAAUCUUCAACCUAUCAUCAUAACUGGAGAGAUGUGCUGUCCCUCCUUGUGUAGAGGACAACUAAAUCAACCUAUCAUCAUAACUGGAGAGAUGUGCUGUCCCUCCUUGUGUAGAGGACAACUAAAUCAACCUAUCAUCAUAACUGGAGAGAUGUGCUGUCCCUCCUUGUGUAGAGGACAACUAAAUCAACCUAUCAUCAUAACUGGAGAGAUGUGCUGUCCCUCCUUGUGUAGAGACAACUAAAUCAAGCUUCUGAGUUCUCUGGCGACACCCACUUUGUAGCUUCACACGCCCCUGUGAAUGGACUUACUUUACUCAUUUAGAAAACACUAAUAAAUAUUUUUAUUCCAAAUUU